AUGGCGAGGCAAGCCCUGACGAACGGGUUCCUCGGCGGCUUCAUGUACGUGGGGCUGGCGCUGGUGCUCCUCGCAUACCUCCCCGUCGCCUUCCUCUGCCGCCUCGUCUACAGGCUGCUGAUCAGGCCCUUCGCCGCCGGCGAGGACCUCCGCGGCAAGGUCGUGCUCAUCACCGGCGCCUCCUCCGGCAUCGGCGAGGUCAUUCAUGGCUUGGGUUCCACCCAUGCGCACCUGUCGUACGAGUACGCGAGGAAAGGCGCGUGCGUGGCGCUGGUGGCCCGGACGGAGAUCGCGCUGCGCGCCGUGGCCAAGACGGCGCGGGAGCUGGGCGCGCCGGACACGCUGGUGGUGCCGGCGGACAUCACCGACGUGGACGAGGCCAAGCGGGCCGUCGAGGAGACCCUCGCCCACUUCGGCAAAUUGAAUCACCUGGUGGCCAACGCGGGCGUGUGGUCCAGCUGCUUCUUCGAGGAGAUCACCAACGUGUCCGCCUUCCAGAACGUCAUGGAUCUCAACUUCUGGGGCGCGGUGUACCCGACCUACUUCGCGCUGCCCUACCUGAAGGCCAGCCGCGGCAACAUCGUGGUCACCGCCUCCGUGGCCGGCAGGGUCCCCGUGGCGCGGAUGAGCUUCUACAACGCGAGCAAGGCCGCGGUGAUCCGGUUCUACGAGACGCUGCGGGCGGAGCUGGGGCCGCACGUCCGCGUCACCAUCCUCAUGCCGGGCUACGUCGUCUCCAACCUCACCAUGGGCAAGGGCGUGCAGAAGGACGGCAACGUCGGCUUCGACGAGGACGCCCGCGACAUAAACGUCGGGCCGCUGCCGGUGGGGAGGACGGAGACGCUGGCGGAGGUGGUGGUGGCGAGCGUGCGGCGGGGCGACAGCUACGUGACGUGGCCCGGGUGGUACUGGCCGUUCCACAUGGUGAUGUGCGCCGCGCCGGAGCUCGUCGACUGCUUCUCCAGGGCCUUCUACGUCUCCAAGUCCAGCGACAAGGACGGCGACGCGCUCAGCAAGAAGAUCCUCAUGGCCGUCGGCGGCGACAAGUUCUACCCCAAGAACAUCCGCUCCUCCCAGCCCCAAUAA